AUGGGGAAAAUGGAAGCGUGCGGCGAGCCACGCUGUCUGGAGCCGCUGGAUUCCGUUCGCUUUCCGUGGCUUUUCUUGGGGGAUAGAAGGGCCGCACGAAAUGAGCAGCUGCUGAGAAGACAGAAGAUUGCUUAUAUUGUCAAUUGCACUCCUCCUUGCGGCGAAGGGGGCGUCCCCAACUUCCACGAACGCCUGUCCGUGGGCUCGCGUCUUGCCUUCAGAUAUUUGCGGGUUCCUAUCUUCGAUACGCAGGCGGAGACGUUACAGCCUCAUUUUGAGAGUGUAUGGGAGUUUAUGGAAACUUGCCGCACUCGGGAAGAUGGUAACCUCUUAAUACACUGCAACCAAGGGGUUUCUCGGUCUGUUGCCCUCAUCUGUUCGUAUUUCAUAAAGUACGAGGGCAUGUCUGUUGAUGAAGCAUUGGCAUUCGUCCGCCGCCGGAACCCGUUGGCUCAGCCAAAUGAGUCGUUUCGGUCCCAGCUAGAAGUUCUGUACGAGUGCGUGAAGAAGGAAUCUCGUUCAGUACACUCGGAGCCCCGACGGUUGCCUCAGGCGGGCUGGCUACCGCCUUUUGCAAACGCACGGAAGAGGGUGACAUCUUGCUCCCUGCCGGUUGGAAGGCCGCAGCAGAAAGUCAUGCGCCUGAUUGGCCCUGCACGGCCACCAGCCACAGAUAUAACUCCCCCGAGCAGUGCUACCGAGGGAGAGCAUUCGUGCAGGGAAACGAACACCCCUUCAGGCAGUUCCGUCUCCUCGCCGACUCUCAAUUCAUCUCCUCACGAAGCCACUGACACGGAAGCCGAAAGAGGGAUUCUUGUUGAGGAGGAACCCACUCAAGAAAAAGACCAUAUACAAGCUGGACGGGAGUGCGGAGAGUCCACAACGGCAGUAGAUGGGGCAAACGAUGAAAGGGAUAGUUCAGAUCCUACCUGCGAGUUCAGUGUGCAUUCUGUUUCAGAUGUGGACAGUGAUGACGCAAUACCAGUAUCGCCUUCAGAUGAUUGUUGUGAGCAGCCUAUGGGGUGCAAAGACACCCCGCUGCACGAGGAUCCUCCUGCUGCUGAUUCAGUGAUCUCUUCUCCCUGCGCACAAGCCGAGCAACAGCCGGAGCAUUCAGCUUGCGAGCAGAAGCCACACGACGAUUCGGAAGCAUCCGCUCAGGCUGCUAGAGGUGCUUUAGCUGCUGGAGAAGACUGUCGGAGUCCCACUGCCGCGGGGCGUCCGGUGACCGUCACUGACCCAGCAGCAGCAGCGGCCGAGGACGUCGUCAGUGGGAGGCAGAAGUUACUGCAUGCUGAUGCAGCAGAUCACACUGCAGUGCUCGACAGCGCGUGCGAGGCUCCCAGUUGGAACCUGCAGCCGUUUGCCGAGCAACCAGAGAAUCGCCGAACAGCCAGCCGCAGUACAGUGCAGGCGGCAGCCUUGAGCGUGCUGUGA